AUGAAAGGUGCUGUUCUCGUCGCUAUUGCCGCUUCCAUCGGCAAUUUUCUCCAGGGAUGGGAUAAUGCUACCAUCGCCGGGGCUAUUGUUUACAUUAAGAAAGACCUUGCGUUGGAAACAACUAUGGAAGGGCUUGUGGUGGCCAUGUCCCUGAUCGGGGCGACGGUAAUCACCACAUGCUCUGGCCCUAUAUCGGAUUGGCUUGGUCGGCGACCCAUGUUGAUAAUCUCAUCUGUGCUCUAUUUCUUGGGUGGUUUGGUGAUGCUGUGGUCCCCUAAUGUGUAUGUGUUGUGCUUAGCGAGGUUGCUUGAUGGAUUUGGGAUUGGCCUUGCUGUGACUCUUGUCCCUGUCUAUAUAUCUGAAACAGCACCGUCUGAAAUAAGGGGGUCUUUGAAUACGCUUCCUCAGUUCAGUGGUUCUGGAGGCAUGUUUUUGUCUUACUGUAUGGUUUUUGGAAUGUCAUUGACUCCGUCGCCUAGCUGGAGACUCAUGCUUGGGGUUCUGUCUAUUCCUUCGCUCCUCUAUUUUGCACUGACCAUUUUUUUCUUGCCUGAGUCUCCUCGGUGGCUGGUCAGCAAAGGAAAGAUGCUCCAGGCUAAAAAGGUACUCCAAAGAUUGCGCGGAAGAGAGGAUGUAUCAGGCGAGAUGGCAUUGCUGGUUGAAGGUCUCGGGAUCGGAGGUGAUACAUCUAUAGAAGAGUACAUAAUUGGCCCUGCUGAAGAGGUGGCUGAUGGUCGGGAACAAGCAUCAGAGAAAGAUAAAAUUCGAUUAUAUGGAUCCCAAGCAGGCCUCUCUUGGUUAGCAAAACCUGUCACCGGACAGAGUUCUAUUGGCCUUGCAUCACGCCAUGGAAGCAUCAUCAAUCAAAGCAUGCCCCUCAUGGAUCCUCUGGUGACACUGUUUGGUAGCAUUCAUGAGAAGCUCCCUGAGGCAGGAACUGGAAGCAUGCGAAGCACUUUGUUUCCAAAUUUUGGAAGCAUGUUCAGCACUGCUGAGCCGCAUGUUAAAAAUGAACAGUGGGAUGAAGAGAGCUUACAAAGGGAAGGUGAGGACUACAUGUCAGAUGCUGGUGGCGGGGACUCUGAUGAUAAUUUGCACAGUCCUUUAAUCUCACGUCAAACAACAAGCCUUGAAAAAGACAUGCCUCCUCCUCCUUCCCAUGGCAGUAUUCUGAGCAGCAUGAGGCGUCACAGUAGUCUUAUGCAAGGAUCAGCAGAGCAAGUUGGUAGUACAGGCAUUGGUGGUGGCUGGCAGCUGGCAUGGAAAUGGACUGAUAAAGGUGAGGAGGGGAAAAAGCAAGGAGAGUUUAAAAGGAUUUAUUUACAUGAGGAGGGAGUUUCUGCAUCUCGUCGUGGAUCCAUUGUUUCAAUUCCUGGUGAAGGUGAAUUUGUCCAGGCUGCUGCCUUGGUUAGCCAACCUGCUCUUUACUCCAAGGAGCUUAUCGAUGGACAUCCAGUUGGUCCUGCAAUGGUACACCCAUCUGAGACAGCUUCAAAGGGGCCAAGUUGGAAAGCUCUUCUUGAACCAGGGGUUAAGCAUGCAUUGAUUGUUGGCAUUGGGAUACAAAUACUUCAACAG